AUGGAGGCCAAAGAGAACGUUGAAGUUGAGGUAAGUGGGAGAGGACUUGCUCUCAAGAGCGACUGGGGUAUACUCCUUUCGAGAAAAGACGAGCAGGAGGAGAAGUUCAUGAAAUUACGAGAUAGUGGGUAGAGAAAUCUUUUCCUCCCUCUCUCGCAGCCCUGGAACCCGUGGAUAUCCAAUGAAGCUGAACGCCGGAAGAUUUAGGACGGAUAAAAAUAACUUAUUUACACAGUCAAACUAUGGGACUGGCUUGACCAGGACUGUCCCCGACUUCAAUGGCUUUAAAAGAGGAUUAGACAAACUGUCAAUGGCUCCUAGCCGUGAUGGUUAUGCUCUGUCUCCAUCGCUGGAGACAUCAAUGCUUUUGAAUACCAGUUACUGGAAGCCACGGGAAGGGAGGGUUCUCUUGUGUUCGAAUCCUGCUUGCUAGUUUCCCACAGGCAUCUGGUUUUGCCACUGUGAGAACAGGAUGCUAGACGAGAUGGACCAUUGCCUUGAACCAGCAGGCUAUUAUUAUGUAUUAUUAUGCAGCGGGUGGUGCUGUGGUCUAAGCCACUGAGCCUCUUGGGCUUGCCGAUCAGAAGGUCGGCGGUUCGAAUCCCCGUGACGGGGUGAGCUCCCGUUGCUCUGUCCCAGCUCCUGCCAACCUAGCAGUUUGAAAGCACGCCAGUGCAAGUAGAUAAAUAGGGACUGCUAUGACAGAAAGGUAAAUGGCGUUUCCGUGCGCUCUGGUUUCCGUCAUGGUGUCCCGUUGUGCCAGAAGCGGGUUGGUCAUGCUGGCCACAUGACCCAGAAAGCUGUCUGCGGACAAACGGCGGCUCCCUUGGCCUGAAAGCAAGAAGAGCAGAGGGCCUUCUUGGUAGUGGCGCCCUACCUGUGGAAUGCCCCCCCACCAGAUGUCAAAGAGAACAACAACUACCAGACUUUUAGAAGACAUCUGAAGGCAGUCCUGUUUAGGGAAGCUUUUAGUGUUUGAUGUAUUACAGUACAGUGGUACCUCGGGUUCAGUCCUUAAUUCGUUCCGGAGGUCCGUUCUUAACCUGAAACUGUUCUUAACCUGAAGCACCACUUUAGCUAAUGGGGCCUCCUGCUACCACUGUGCCGCCGGAGCACAAUUUCUGUUCUCCUCCUGAAGCAAAGUUCUUAACCUGAAGCACUAUUUAUGGGUUAGCGGAGUCUGUAACCUGAAGCGUAUGUAACCUGAAGGGUAUGUAACCUGAGGUACCACUGUAUUUUAAUAUUUUUUUGGAAGCUGCCGAGAGUGGCUGGGGAAGCCCAGCCGCAUGGGCAGGGUAUAAAUAAUAAAUUAUUAUUAUUAUUAACCCCAUAGUCGCCUGGCUGCACUUAACCGUCCAGGGCUCCUUUAUCUUUACCUAUUAUGUUCCUAUGGAAUCCCAAGCGACAAGCACAGGGCUAUUCUAGAUUAACCCCACCAGUUUAUUCCUUGAGAUCCUUCCCACCAUCAUAAUACUUGUGUGUGUAACUGUUUUGUUUGUAACUAUAGUGUGCAUUUUUGUGUUUUUAUAUUGUGAACUGCUGUGUGAUCCUUGGAUGAAAGGUGACGUAUAAAUUUAUUAAAUAGUGAAAUAAUAAUCAUCAGCACAAACAUAGUGGAAUUACUUUGAAAGAGGUUGUUAUUGGUAGGCAGUGGGGAGCAGAGGGAUAGCAGCUCCACCACCCAGUGACUUGCAAAAAGGGAAAAAGAAAUCUACUAGCAGUUGAGAUUAAGCAUCCUGUUAGUCUGUACUUGUUAUUACUUGCUGGUGCCUGUAAAGCAAUGUACAUGAAGAGGUAUCUAAAAUGAUGCAUAUUGUGGAGAAAGUGAAUGGAGAGGUUGUUUCGCUCUCUCUCUCUCAUAAUACUAGAAACUGGAAUCAUCCAGUGAAGUCGAAUUGUAGAAAUUCAGAACAGAUUCAUACAUCACAGAGUUACACUAUGCAAUUUGCUACCCCAAGACAAGGUGGAGACCAGCAGCUUAGAUAGCUUUAAAGGGGGGUGACACCAGGGAUGGAGAACGUCCACUCCCAGGGUUAAUCCUGGCCCACCAGGGCAUCCAAAGUUAACCCUUUUAUUGCAGGGAGGGGGAUGGAGACAGAGCAUUUUCUGGAAGCAUUUGUUCGGUGUGCACAUCUUCAUCCGUUUUGCAAACAUAAAGGUGCGCCCACGUCUAAGCCACGCUUCGCAUGCAUGUCACAUGUCACUGCCCACUUUCGCCAUGUCACCCACCCCAUAAAGCAGAAUUCAUAAAGCAGAGUGCAGAAUUGAGCGGCCAGGACGCUCACUGGAGAAGGACAGUUUGUGCAUAUUACGCUGACCCUGCUCUGACUGUAUUGGCUACCAAUUAGUUUCCGGACCCAAUUCAAAGUGCUGGUUUUGACCUCUAAAGCGUUAAAUGGCUCUGGACCACAAUACAGCGGUACCUCAGGUUACAGACUGUUAAGUUGUGGGUGAACAUAUCAGACGACACAGCGAUUCUUCAAACAGCUCUUGUUUAUUCACAGGCCAGAACAGAACUGAACUGAAGGGUUCAGCCAGCCUUAUAUAGAGCUCCACCACAACGCAACAGUAACCAUUUCCUGUAACUAUCCAAUCACUGAACGUCACUUUCAAUCCCUUAUUUGCAUAUGUGGACCUGAGUGAAAACUAUCUAUAGUAUCCGCCUGCUGACCCAGGGUGAGAACUUCAGUACAUAACACAGAUGCUUCAGGUUACAGACUCCACUAACCCAGAAAUAGUACCUCGGGUUAAGAACUUUGUUUCAGGAUGAGAACAGAAAUUGUGCGGCAGCAGCAGGCGGCCCCAUUAGCUAAAGUGGUACCUCAGGUUAAGAACAGUUUCAGGUUAAGUACGGACCUCCAGAAUGAAUUAAGUUCUUAACCUGAGGUACCACUGUACCUCAAGGAUUGCCUAUAUUCAUAUGAACCUAUCUGGACCCUGAGAUCAUCUUCUGAGGCCCUUCUUCAUGUGCCUCCCCCUCGAGAGGUCCGGAGGGUGGCAACACAAGAACGGGGCCUUCUCUGCAGUGGCUUCCUGUCUGUGGAAUGCUCUCCCAUGGGAAGUUUGCCUGGCGCCUUCAUUAUAUACCUUUAGGCGCCAGGCAAAAACGUUCCUUUUUAACAAGGCCCUUAAAAGGUAAAGGUCCAGUUAGGUCCAGUUGUAGACGACUCUGGAGUUGCCAUGCUCAUCUCGCUUUAUUGGCCGAGGGAGCCGGCGUACAGCUUCCGGGUCAUGUGGCCAGCAUGACUAAGCCGCUUCGGCGAAUCAGAGCGGCACACGGAAAUGCCAUUUACCCUCCCGUCGGAGCAGUACCUUUUUAUCUACUUGUACUUUGUGCUUUUGAACUGCUAGGUUGGCAGGAGCAGGGACCAAGCAAUGGGAGCUCACCCCGUUGCGGGGAUUCGAACCGCCGACCUUCUGAUCGGCAAGCCCUAGGCUCUGUGGUUUAGACCACAGUGCCACCCCACGUCCCAACCAGGCCCUUGGCUGACCUAAUCAACAUCCUAUGCCCUUUAAAAUAUGUUUUUUUGUGGGGAGUGGGCUGUUGGGUUGUUUUUGUUGUUAUUAUGUAUUUUGUGGUUUUAUAUCUUGAUAUUAUUUUGUGAACCGUCCUGAGAUUCACAGGUAUAAGGUGGAAUAAAAAUUCUAUUAUUAUUAUUGUUAUUGUUAUUGUUAUUAUUACCAUAUUGGCCCAAAUAUAAGCUGCACCCGAAUAUAAACCACACCUUUAAAAUUAGAGAGGGGGAAAGAAAAAAUACCCGAAUACAGUCAUACCUCAGGUUACAGACGCUUCAGGUUGCGCGUUUUCGGGUUACGUAUGCGCCGAAACCCAGAAGUACCGGAAAGGGUUACUUCUGGGUUUCUGUGCUUGUGCAUGUGCAGAAGCGCUAAAUCGUGCUUUGUGCAUGCGCAGAAGUGCUGAAUUGCGACCCGCGCAUGCGCAGACGCGGCACUGCGGGUUGUGAAUGCUGCGGGUUGCGAACGUGCCUCCCGCACGGAUCACGUUCGCAACCCGCGCGUCCCCUGUAUAAGCUGCUCCGUUCCUGGCUGCAUACUGGGGGUGGGGCUGCGUUGACGGCGGCCUUUUCCCUUCCUUGCCUCCCAGUCUUGGUGGAGAGGACGGGGGUGCCACAUGUGGGGCGGCCACCGCUUUGCUGCGCUCCUGGCGCUAUUUGCCGCACGCUCCUGGCUGCAUACCGUAGGGUUGUGAAUAUAAGCCACACUUUUAACUUUUCAUGGUCGGAAUUGGGGAGAAAAGCAAAGCUCAGAUUCAGGCCAAUACAGUAAUACAGUGGAACCUAGGGUUAAGUACCGUAUUUUUCGCUCUAUAAGACGCACCAGACCACAAGACGCACCUAGUUUUUGGAGGAGGAAAACAAGAAAAAAAAUAUUCUGAAUCUUAGAAGCCAGAACAGCAAGAGGGAUCGCUGCGCAGUGAAAGCAGCAAUCCCUCUUGCUGUUCUGGCUUCUGUGAUAGCUGUGCAGCCUGCAUUCGCUCCAUAAGACACACACACAUUUUCCCUUACUUUUUAGGAGGGAAAAAGUGAGUCUUAUAGAGCAAAAAAUACGGUACUUAAUUCGUUCCAGAGGUCCGUUCUUAACCUGAAACUGUUCUUAACCUGAAGCACCACUUUACCUAAUGGGGCCUCCUGCUGCUGCCGCGCCGCCGGAGCACGAUUUCUGUUCUCAUCCUGAAGCAAAGUUCUUAACCUGAAGCACUAUUUCUGGGUUAGCAGAGUGUGUAACCUGAAGCGUAUGUAACCCGAGGUACCACUGUAAUAAUAAAGCAUGAUAAUAAGCACUUCCCCCCUGCUUUGCAGGAGCCGAUUGGUUGGAUGAAUGAGCCAGCGGUCACCACCGAGUGGUACCCGUGGGAUUACAACGCAUCGCCGCCAGACCUGCCUGAGUUGUGCGAAAAGGCAGCCCUCCGUGCUGUGGCUCACAUCUACCUCCCCGUCAUGGCUGUCCUCUUUUGUGUGCUGGGCGUCCUGGGCAACGGGAUCCUGUUGCUAGUGCGCACCCGCUAUCACACGGCCCAGUCCCUCGGGGACGUCCUGCUCUUGCACCUGGCCAUCUCUGACUUGCUGCUGCUCCUGACGCUGCCCGUGGGCCUGGCUGGGAUGGUGGGCAGCUGGAGUCCGGGCACCGGCACGUGCCAGGCCUUGCAGGGCCUCCACGCCCUCAACUUCUACAGCGGCUUCCUGUCCCUCAUGGGCCUCACCGUGGACCGCUACGUGGCCAUCGUGGGGGCACCCGUCGCCCAUCGCCUGCACUCCUCCACCACCUGCUGGGGUCUGCUUUGCUCAGGGCUGGUGUGGCUGCUCUCCGCGGCUCUGGCGCUGCCCUACUUCUUGUACGCCCGUGUUGAGGACUACGGGGAUGUGAGCCUCUGCAGGGUGGCAGACGUCACAGCGGCCAUCAGCCUGGUGCAAGUGGCCUUGGGUUUUGUGCUCCCGUUCGCAGUCAUGGCGGCCUGCUACACAGCGAUCGCCCGCGCUCUCUUGGCCUCCCCGUGUGCCCAGUCUCUCAAAGCCCUGCGCUUGAUUUUGGCCCUGGUCUUGGUCUUCCUGGCUUUGCAGCUGCCCUACGCGCUGCUCACCGCACUGGACACGGCUGAUUUGAUGGGACACCAGGCGUCGAGCUGCAAAGUCAUCCUCCGCCGGGACUUGGCCCUCCUCAUCACCAGUGCCUUGGCCUUUGCCCGCUGCUGUCUGAACCCUGUGCUCCACACCUUCCUGGGCAUGCGGUUCCGUAAGGACCUGCAACGGCUGAGCCGGGAUAUGGGCUGCCUGAGGCAAUGGGCAUGCUGCGGUGAAAAGCCUGGAGGUUUCAGGCAGCAAGCAUCAUUCACCACCCAUCUGGAAGGAAUCUCAGGAGUGGUACCGUGA